AUGCAAACCCUAGCUCUUGCAACAAUUUUAGGGAAGAGAAAGCGGCAAUUAAAUCUUCCCGAAGAAAUCGUUAUCGAAAUUCUCUCAAGGUUACCCCUCAAAUCUCUUGUCAAAUUCAUGCUUGUUUCCAAGCAAUGGCGUUCUUUGAUUCAAUCAAGUUCUGUGAAAAGUGUUCAACGAAACAAAGUUCUAAUUUGUGGAAGGACAUAUCUUCACUCCAUCGACAAAGCAAGUCUUGUGAAACGUGUCCUUGAACCUGUUGAAAAAAUCCAAUCUCAUUAUGACAUUGAAAUCUUGGGUUCUUGUAAUGGGUUAUUACUUAUUUGGUUGUUGCGUAUUCGGAUUAUCAAUGAUUUGUUCUUGUGGAAUCCGCUCACCAAGUGUUCGAAGAAAGUCCUCUCAUAUCAUCAGUUACGGGAUAGUGACUACGGUGUUUUUUCUGGGCUUUGCUUUGACUCCUCGAAUAAUGAGUACAAGGCUGUAAUGGCAUUUUCUCAUGAGACUCCAAGUUGUGGAUUGGUUGUAAUUGGUAGUUUUCAAAACAAGACUUGGACAGUUGUUCACUUCCCAUACCAUGUUUCUUGUAUGAAAUCGAGUCCUAUUGUGAAUGAAAAUCUACAUUGGUUUGCUUCUAAAGAAAGUUGGGGUCACUUCUUCGCACCCUAUCAAAUCAUUUACUUCAAUCCACGGAAGAAUAUAUUCAAGAAGUUACCAAUGCCACAACCUAAGGAUGGACAUGGAGAUAUUCUACUCGGUUUGGGAGUUUUAGAAGGAUGUCUUUGUAUGGUUCGCUCUUGUCAGCACCCAACUAAUCGUAUGGAUAGAGUUGAGGUGUUGGUGAUGAAGAAAUAUGGUAUCAAAGAAUCUUGGACUACCAUGUUCAUUCUAUCAAAUUUGCCUAACUUGCGUAUUUAUGAUAAUGUAGCACCAUUGUGUUUCACAAAGAAUGCUGUGUAUGAGGAAAGUUUAGCUUCACCUAUUGAUCACAAUUGGGAAGCGAAAGAGUUGAGAGGAGAUGCAAGAUAUGUGGAAAAUUCCCUUUCAAGCUCUUGGCGAAAAAUGAGAAAGAUCAAGAAGCUGCCUAUGCAAUAUUUAGGCCUGCCUCUUGGGGCUAAUCCUAAUAGAAAGCAAACUUGGAAACCUGUGCUGGAUAAGAUUCGUAGCAGGCUAGCUAGCUGGAAAAGAAAGCUCUUAUCGUAUGCGGGGAGGUUAACCUUAAUCAAAUCAGUAACUGCUUUGCUGCUAGUAUAA